UUUCCGAGAAAGCCGACUUUCCACCCCUAAUCAAACAAACGAACAACCUUAACUACGUACCUUCUCCCAACCAAAAAGCAUAUUCGGUUCCUCCUCCUCCACCACCACCACCACCACAGCUCUCUCUCUCUCUCUCUCUCUCUCUCUCUCUCUCUCUCUCAAUCAUCAAUGCAAAAGAAAAACGAAACCCAAGAAAAACGAAACCCACCUGUUUCACAUGUAAUUUGGAGAAAGCCGCAAUUGAAACCCUAAUUGGCAACCUCCAUCGGAACCUCCCUCAUUUCAGGUUCAUCAUAGUUUUGUUUGAUUCUUAUCCCACCACAGAAACUUCCAAUAGAUAAGUGUGAAGUCUCUGAAUUGGGAAUAACCUGUACAUAAUUGGACAUGCAGAAUAAUUGGUUAUUUUUCAUGGAUCCUGACUGGGGGUCGCCGUACAUAGUCACAGUAGAUUCACUGGGGCCCCAAAAAUUUGGCGGUCAUUUGUGGUCUCAGUUUAGUUCAUUUCUCGACAAUUCCCUUUACCCCUCCAGAUACUUGUUUGUCCCUGAAAGUCUUGCUCUUGGGGAAGCUUUUAACUGCAUUUCGGCGGCUACGGGUUCCUUACUAUUUUGGUUUUCCGGUGGGUCAAAUUCCAACAUAACUGGCAAACUAUCGGGAAAUUCACACGCUUCAGAUCCUAGAAGCUGGAAAUAUCCUGCACAAGUAAAACACACCACUGCAAGUAGACAUAACCUUGCGGGAUUUUCCUUCGGUUCUAGUUCAAAAGGGAAAUCUGGUACCCCAAAGAUUUUUGGUAAGAUCUUGAGUUUCACUAGGAGACAACUGCUCAAUGCAGCCGAGGAGCUUUUGUCAUUUGCGUUGGUGUCAUUGCCCGCUGCUCUGGCACCGCCGUUCAACAAUUUGUCUACAACAGCUGUAGGUGCUCCUUUGGUGAGUAAUGAUAUGAGAGUACAGAGAUGCAUGAAUGAAAGCCCCUGUGAGGUCGAGCGUCAUGGAUGUGCUGAUCUUUCUUUGCCUGACUUGAACUGGACUAGGCAUGCAGUUGAGCCCAGAACUGGGAUCAAGUUUCCUAAAUUAUUGGACAACAUUUUAGCUGGAGGGAAAAAUGCCAACAAAAUGUCAGAGGUCCUUGUUGGAACUGGAUCCAGAACAAUGAAAAUUAUCAAAAUCAAGUCUUUGAAGGUCUAUGCAUUUGGUUUUUAUGUUCAUCCUUAUGAUGUCUGUGCGAAGUUGGGUCCAAAAUAUGCUUCAAUUCUAGCUGGUGAAGUUAACAAAUGCCAUGAUUUUUACAAGGAUCUUCUGAGGGAGGAUAUCAGUAUGACUGUUAGGCUUGUGGUUAAUUGCAAUGGGAUGAAAAUCAACACUGUAAGGGAAUCUUUUGAGAAAUCUCUGCGAGCCCGAUUGCUGAAGACGAACCCAGACACCAACUUUAACUGCCUUGCAACAUUUGGUUCUCUUUUCGCUCAAGAUAUCCCUUUACAUGCUGGUACAACAAUAGAUUUUCGGCAAACAGCUGAUGGACAUCUAAUUACUGAAAUUGGAGGUAACCAGAUUGGAGCUGUUCAUAGCAAGGAAUUGUGUACCGCUUUCUUUGAUAUGUACAUUGGAGAUGUUCCCGUUUCUGAGCAAGCGAAAGAAGAGAUUGGUAGAAAUGUUGCGAAUAUUGUAAGGAGGUGCUAAGCUGGUUCAUUUUAUGUCACCAUCGUCCCUAUUUUUUCUGGACAGGUGGUUGCUUUUGUUGUUUGAGUGUGUGAUGCCGACUUCGCUACUAUUUCCGAGUUCCAAAGCAGCACAAGAGUCAUUGAUAUUAUGUAGGGCCUUAAUGGAUUAGACAAAUUUGACACUGGUCUCUCAUUCGAUAUUGCUUUGCGGGUAUUGCCAGUGGUUUUAUAGCUGUAUUUAUAAAUUUUACUA